AUGGCACUAGAAUUCGCCGACUCCUACGGCGGGGGUUCAGGCAUUAAUAUCGAGGCUCUCUAUUUUUCAGGAUCCUGUGGCCUUUGCAGGUUUCGAUUGGACCACGGUGACAAAGUCAUUUCAUAUCGUGAAAACACAGAGCCCAUCAAAUACACUUUUGGGGUCCCUGGCUCCCCUCGUCGUACGAAUAGGAUGAUAUAUCACCUCGCAUGUGUAGAGCGUACUUCUCGGACCUUGGUCUUCGAUAGUCAAUUGUCUUACGAUGUAUCUGUGGCGACCUUUCUUGGAGGUCCGUUUGACAUGCACAAAUCGCUGUCUCGACGUCGCCUCCGCUGGCUGGAGCGCACCUUCGGACGACAUUUGUUCGAUCUUCGUCUCGGAGGUCUACCUCAGGAACUUUGCUGCAAAAUUGCGGCCGACUGCAAGGAGCAAACCGUUCGUGUGUUCCAACGGCUCUGGUCGAAGAGUGAUAAUCACCGAGCAGGAAAUAUAUCGGUUCCGAUCGAAACCAAUACGGUGCUAUGGGCGGAGUAUGUCAAUUAUGAGGGCAGUCGGUACAUUCGGUCACUGUCCUAUGAAUCGCGCGGCGGAGACGAGGAAGUCGUCCUUGAUAGAAAGGCCAUCACGAAGCCCCUCAACGUUUUCAUCCGUCACAACGGCCGUGGAGUCAACAAGGUCAUCUUCACUGAAUGGGAAGAGCGGCCUAACGGCAUUAAACUUCGUGGUUUGGGUGUUAUCAAAUCGCCAUACGAGUUUCUGAAGUUCGCCAAAUACGGACCUUUUGAGAUACGAUGGGAUAUUCCUCCUACAACAGUCAAGCUCUGGCCAAGAGUUCCACUUCCCAGAGAUUCUGGUUACCGCAUUUCUCACACAUAUGUGCGAUCCAUGGAGUGGAAUAAACCCGAUACCGUGGCCUAUUCUUUCUGCCUUGUCGGCAGUGCGAUUGUUCAGUGUAACUCUCACCAGGACGGAAAUCCAUUAUGGCCUGGAGAAUCCGACCCAAGACUAAGGCGUGAAGAGAUCAUGCGGCUUUUCUUUCAUAUGAAUCCUGACGAGAAAGUCUCUGAACUCUGGGUUCGUAGUUUUCAUGAAACACUAUCCACGCUCAUAGUUGUCACAAAUCACGGCCGCAACCUUGUCCUUGGAACACAUGAAGAUAUACCAGGUGCAACCUACCAUUGCGUCGCCAAGUUACCUGAGGACACUCCUUCCCGCAUGUUUUACACAGGCGACUUCGAUGGUUUGCCUGCAUCCAGCUUCGCGUGGCUUCAUUUCGAUUCAGUGUCCACAUGGGAGAAUCCAAUGAAGUAUGAAAGACAGUGCGCUUUUGAGGGCGCAACAGGCUCUUUUUAUUCGUCCGCAAGUCUUGAUAAUGUCAGGCAGGUCACUCCCUGCAUGAACAGCUAUGACUGUAGAGACACCGAGACAGGUUUGCUCUUUACCUACACUAAUGGUACUCGUAGUUGUGUCGGUGACUUUCACUUUGAUUCUGAACUAUGGAAUCACUCAUUGCUGGUAGAUUCAGAUGCCAUGUGGGCAGUAUACCUAGAUUCGAAUUGGCAGGAGUCGAAGGCCAGCAAGCACACCAUCAUGCACGGAUUCGAUUCAGACACUGUAAAUUUCAGACCACUGUCCCGGUAUUAUGAAGGAUACGAUGAUGACAAUUCUCUCAUGGAUGACGGUGAUGGAGGUCAGGUAAGCCGGACAACCUUUGUUGUUCCCAUGAGUGGACGACUCGACUGGACCAGGGAGGCGGGCUCAGGCAAAUGUGAAUUGUCACAUCACCCGUCCGGGGAACCAAAAGACGAGAUGCGUGGUAUUCUCGCCAGGUACGCUGCUUCUGAUGCGGCCGAACAGAAACCGAUCGUCAAAUCGUUGACGCUCCUCCUUGGGAAUGUUGAUCCAAACAAUAUUGAUAAGGUCUACCGAGAGGCCGAAAGCAACGGCAACUACGCAAUCUACGGGCUUUGA